AUGGGUACUGAGAAAUUGGGACAAACCAGACACUGUGUACAAAGAGAAUGGGUACUAGUGAAGUUGAUGCAGUCACUGAGUGCACAGAAGCAAGAGUCAUUUCUGACUGACGAGCCAAAUACUGCAAACAACAAAGACUAUGUGUACCAAGGGAGGAGAUGUGCCGAGUAUGAAGUGAGUGACAAGGAAAUAUAUCCAACUUUUGCCCGGACAUAUCCUCCCGAUUCUCAAAUCUCCAAAUCAGUGGUGGCGCUAUUGAAAUACUUUGACUGGGACCAUGUUACCCUUGUUACGUCGGAAGAUACGCAAUGGAUGGCUGUAAGCCACAGUCUGGAAAACGACCUUGCCGCUUCCAACGUCACUAUCCAGACUGUUGAGUAUUAUCCACAUCCAUAUUAUCCCGGAUUUAACAGUUUUCCCGACCCCUUCCCGCCGAUUAUUGAAAACACCUUCGACACAACGCGAAUUUACAUACUACUAGGGGAGAAAUUCAUUCGGCCCGAAUUCAUGACAGCAAUGCAACAAAAGGGCUUACUCAUAAAUGGAGAAUAUAUUGUAAUCACAGUGGACACCGAACAAUACGACUUGGAGGACGCCGACAAAUACUUAUUGGAUCCGUAUCAAAUUUGGUUCACUCCGGAGUUGAUUUCAGCAUACCAAUCACUCCUGAUUCUAAUUGCCACACCACCGAUAAGUGAUACGUACAAGGACUUUAGGAUAACUGUUGAUGAAUAUUUGUCGCGUCCGCCUUUCAAUUUCGAAAGCAGAACUAUCCGACGAGACAUUCCAAUCGAGGCGGCGUACCUGUACGACGGAGUUAUGCUUUUCGCCAAAGCCAUGACAGACGUUCUAAAUGACGGUGGCGACCCCUACAACGGGACGGCGGUCAUUGAAUACGUUAAAGGCAGAUCAUACGAGAGUAUCACAGGAACUCUAGGAUUCAUCGAUAAUAAUGGCAACGCUGAAUCUAAUUUCACAAUCAUUGCUAGGCAACAAACAAACACGACACCUGGCUACGGGAUGCUACCUGUCGGCUUGUUUCAGAUGAUCAAUUACGAAGUGAGGUACGUCCCAAAAGCUGGAGUUGAAAUUGACUGGGUAUCUGGGAUGAGACCCGUCGACCAACCGGAAUGUGGUUUUUACGAUGAACUGUGUCCUAUUAUAAUAAACCACACACCAAAGUACGUCGGUGGUACUAUGGGUGGCAUCUUUCUGAUACUGAUUAUAGUAGUAGCGGUAGCUUACAGGAACUGGAAAUAUGAACAGGCUCUGGCGGGACUACUUUGGAAGAUAGAUUAUCGAGAAAUCAUCAUUAAAGGCGAUGGCACAUUAAAUCGGUGCAACAGUAGGAUGAGUCUCCACAGUAUCGAAUCCAUACAGUCCGUGACAGACGCCCACACUCAGCAAAUAUUUACCAAAGUCGGUACGUUCAAAGGAAACAUCGUUGCCAUCAAGUAUAUAAGUAAGAAGAGUGUAGAUCUAACCAGGAAAGUUCGCAAAGAACUCAAAGUUGUGCGAGAUUUACGUCACGACCAUGUCAAUCCCUUCAUUGGCGCAUGCGUGGAAUAUCCACACAUCUGUAUCAUCAAUGAGUACUGUUCUAGAGGAAGUUUACAGGACAUCUUGGAGAACGAUGAAAUUAAAUUAGAUGAUAUGUUCGUCGCGUCGCUAGUUAGCGAUAUAAUCAAGGGAAUGAUAUAUAUUCACAACAGCGAAUUAAAAUCGCACGGUAAUUUGAAAUCUUCGAACUGUGUAGUGGACUCAAGAUGGGUUGUGAAGAUUACGGACUUCGGUCUCCAUGAGUUCAAGGCUGGUGCCGAACGAGAUUUGGAAGAUGCUGGUGAAUUCGCACUUUACAGAGAUCUUUUAUGGAGGGCACCCGAGUUCCUACGCAUGUCCAACCCACCAGGAGAGGGUUCCCAAAAAGGAGAUAUUUACUCGUUUGCUAUUAUUAUGUACGAAAUUUUCCUCCGCGCUGGUCCCUAUGGCAACACUGAACUUUCUCCUAAAGAGAUCAUAGAACGUGUGAAAACACCGCUGGAUCCCGUUCGGCCAUUCCGACCAAAUAUUAUGGAUCUACUUGAAAUAGACGCCUCUGACUGUGUUGUAGAUACGAUACAAGAAUGUUGGCACGAGAUACCAGAAAACAGACCAGAUCUAAAGACUAUAAGAAUAAAAAUUAAACCUAUUCAAAAAGGAAUGAAAAACAACAUUUUUGAUAACAUGAUUGCCAUCAUGGAAAAAUACGCCGAUAAUUUAGAGUCAAUCGUUGAUGAUAGAACACAGCAGUUGAUUGAAGAGAAGAAGAAAACAGACAACUUGCUACACAGCAUGUUGCCAAAGUCAGUAGCUAAUUCCCUUAAGAAGGGACGACCUGUUGCCCCCGAAGCGUUUGAGUGCGUGACAAUAUUUUUCAGCGAUAUAGUAGGCUUCACAGCAUUGUCCUCGGCGAGUACUCCCUACCAGGUAAUCGAUCUGCUCAACGAUCUGUAUACGGUGUUCGACUCUACCAUAAAGAACUACGACGCUUACAAAGUGGAAACGAUCGGCGAUGCCUACAUGCUGGUGUCAGGUCUUCCCAUUCGUAAUGGCGACAGGCACGCUGCUGAAAUUGCAUCUUCCGCUCUCCAUUUGCUGGAUGAAAUAGGUCACUUUCAAAUCAGACAUAGGCCUGGGGAACAACUGAAACUUCGUAUUGGCAUUCAUUCGGGACCUGUUUGUUCUGGUGUAGUUGGUCUAACAAUGCCGAGGUAUUGUUUGUUCGGUGACACUGUCAAUACGGCGUCAAGAAUGGAAUCGAACGGUCUUCCGUUAAAGAUUCACUGCAGUCCAACUUGUAAGGCCAUCCUUGAUAAGAUUGGUGGAUACAAAACCGAAGAAAGAGGUCUUAUACCAAUGAAGGGAAAGGGUGAGAUCCUUACAUACUGGUUAGAGGGACAGGAUCCAAAAUAUAAGAAAGUAUCAAACAACAGUGUGCCGCCUAUUGACCAACUGUCAGAAGACGGAUAUGUGAGCGAGAACGAAAUAGACAGAUCAGAUUGUGAAAGCAAAAACUCGUCUGUGAUUGACGUAGGUUCGAACAUAGACCUCAACAUUUCUAAUAACAGUGGUUCGCGUGGCAAUGACAUGCCGUCGGUAGACUUCGUGAACUUACCAACGGCUCAACCAGUCGAUUCCAACAGUAACUCUGUGAACGGAAGUAAUAAUAACAUUCAUAUAACGGUCGCCGAUACGCACAUUAAGUGGGAAAAUACAAGUAAAGAAGAAGUUCCAUCGGGAGAGAGUGUAGACGGCGAGUUGAUAGACAUUGAGGAGCGCGUUAACCGACGACGAAGGAAAAAGAACGUGUUUAGCGACGAUGCUAACUACGCCAACUACAGGAGUCUGUCGCCGGGAAGUCCAAGUUGUACAACCCCGCUGAUGGUGGCAGAAGAUGAGCCGCCGAUAUGGCAAAGAAGAACUCGACGGAGUUAA